UUGUUUUCUUAGGACGCUGGAGCUUGCGGUGUCAUUUUUUAACAUUCCACGAACAUUACUGUUGAGUUACGACAUACUGACAAGCGAAUGGAUAAACACCCCAAAAUGAGAGCUAAGAAGAGGUUCCGAAACGAUGAACCGGUACCAAAAUGUGCCAAAACAGAAGAAAAUUGUAUUUGGAAGAAACCCGGUCCUCCUGUCACGAUCCCCGCUGUCAAAGCUCAACGAGUCAGUGAACCAACUGAAGUUAACAGCUUGACAACUCACAGACAAGAUCAUCCACAGGAUGAAGGUUUUAACUCGAUCAACAGGUCAUUAACAGAAGAUGUUGGGGUUAAACAGGACAACGCCGACUGGGUUACAUUUCCACUUUAUUCCUCAGGUCAAACUUCAAUGGUGCUAACCACUGAUAACGCAAUUUCUCAGGGUUUCUCAGUUAAAGACACGCCGCAGUCAUUUAACUGCAAUUUGUCCAGUGAGGCGCCUUUCCCAAAAAUAAAUUAUCAGCCAAUCAGCGAGACUUAUAUUCCGAUAGCAACCCAUCAGCCAAUCAGCGCGGCGUCUGUAAUAAACCGUGAGCCAAUCAGCGAGGCUUCUGUGCAGAUCAAUACCCGAGGUCUGAACUUCACUCAGCCGCCUUCUGGAGCAGAAAGUGAGGUGGCAAGAUCUCAGAACAAAAAAGUUUCUAUCAAAAGGCCCAUGAAUGCCUUCAUCUUAUGGUCAAAGAUCCACCGACCCGCCUUGUCUAAGGCCAACCCAUAUGCCAGCAACUGCGACAUCAGUGUUCAGCUAGGGUUAGAAUGGCACAAACUGUCUGAAGAGCAGAAGAAGCCAUACUACGAAGAAGCUCGCAGAAUCAUGGCACAACACAUGGAGAAGUACCCAGAUUGGGUCUAUCAGCCAUGCAGAGUGAAAAAGAAGCAUUCCGCAUCCAGAAGGCCACCGGUCGUCCCUGCGACCCAAAUCUCCACACCCUUCAUUCUGACAUGGGCACAGAGACCUAACCCUUACCCAGAGCCCCUAACAUCAGCGAGAGGGCAGAACAGUCUAAAUUAUCCAGCCAACAUUAACCAGGCCAUGGAGAUGCAACAAGGUUUUAUCAACACGGAUCAAUGUCCUCUCUCUGCUCCUCAAUGUAUCUUCUCUGCAGACCUCCACAUGACUGGACAGCAGUUCUACCCAGCAGAAUCCAUUCCAUGUUCAAGCUCUUCUAGCCAUCUCAUUGACUUCAUGAGCCACUAUGAAGAUCUGAGGCAUGAGGCGCCUGUCCUAAAUUGUGAAUAUUGCUUCCAUGAUGACAAUUAGACGGACAUUCUUUAGUUCUGGACCUCUGGGUUCCUGUUUGUUCCUUUGACAGGACUGCACUAGAGUGUGUUACCAUUGUGAUAUAUCUUACUCAUUGAUUUUUCGGUUCUCAUAACAACCACAAUAGUUUUUGAGGUUGUAUUACAAAAUAAAAUGUUUCAAAUUUCCAGCCUUAAAAGAGUGUUUGCAUG